AUGGUCAUUUUUCAACCAUCGUCGACAACACCUGCAUCUACACCUCAGCAACUACAACAAUCUAUUUAUUUCAAUCUGAACAACAACAAUAAUAAUAACAACAAUCAUAGUUUCAAUACUUUUGUACAAAAUUCACAAUAUAAUCAACAGCAGCAGCAUCAGCAACAACAACAACAACAAUCAUUAAAUUCUUACUCUUUUAAUAAUUUGAAUCAAUAUAAACAACAGCAAUACAUCGAUACAGACUACAAUAUGAGUGAUAAUAUCAGUAGUAGUAACAUAAGCAGUAGCGAUAGCAUCAAGAAAAGAAAACAAGAAGAGAUCGUAAAGAUAUUACCUUUGAUACAGAAUAACAGCAAUCCAUUUGAUUCCUCUUCUUCGUCUUUACAAUCAAAGUCACACGAUGGUCUAUUUCUAUUUCAACAAUCUCCUUUCAUAAAUAAUACACAGCAACAUCAACAACAACAACUUCAUCAACAACAACAGCAGCAACUACAUCAAUUCUUUCACAAUCAACAACCUUUAUAUAAUAUACAACAUCAACAACAACAACAUCACCACUCUCAACAUAAUAAUAGUCAUCAUCAUCAUCAACAGCAGCAACAACAACAAAUUAGCCAAACAAUCGACAGUCAAUAUAAUAGUGGUAGUUUUACAAACAAAAGACAUCAAGUACAAAACAAAGAUGGCAGCAUCAAAUACAAUCAAAUCACACCCUCUGUUGCAAAAGAAAAGAGUUACACUGAGCAAAUCAAAGAAUCGUUGCGCUCACCUCAAUGGCAAUCGCAUCUCUCCAAGGAGUUUGACAAACCCUAUAUGAAGUCGUUUACAGUGAAUAAUUUAUUAUUAAAACAACAUCAACAACAACAACAACAAACAACUACCAAUAAUAAUUCAACAACAAUAUCAACAACACCAACAACAAUAAUUAAACCAACAAUCGAUUGGGAUUUGGAUGAAAAUGAAUCAUCAUCAACAUCAUCAUCAUCAUUGUCAUCUAAACAACAACAACAACAAAUGAAUAUUACCAAUUCAAAUAAUAGUGAUAAUAAUAAUAAUAAUAAUAAUAGUGAUACAAUUGAAAAUAUUAAUAAUAAUAGUUCUAUUAUUUUAAAAAAAAAUAAUAAUUGUAACAAUAUCAAUAGUCAUAAUAAUAAUAGUAAUAAUAGUAAUAAUAGUAAUAGUAACAACAACAAUAAUAAUAAUAAUAGUGUUUCAAUCAUUUAUUUAACAUUUAAAUUCUUAUAA